AUGCAACAGACACUCCAGCACGAAAACCCACAAAUUACUAAUACUAACGAACUAACAAUUCAUACGACACAAAAUACGUUAACUCCUCAAAUUACGACAACACGCGGGCCACAUUCCCCCAUUGUCGUGGGUCUUGCCGCCUGGGUGCAGCCAACCGGUGCUGGAGUUGGUGCUGCAGCAUCAGAAAUCAUUGCGACGCCAGUGACAAGAACUAAAGCUUCACCGACAAAUCCCCAAAUUUCAGGAACUGUGGAUGCAUUUGCGCACUCUUCUGCAGCCAUUCUACCUUCAACGCAGCCUCACUUAACAUAUCAUAACUCUUCCAACACGUCGACCGUUCCCGUAGUUACCAUAUCUGCUCUCUUAACACCUGACCCACGAACCGAGGAACUCUUGGGAGCCUUAACAAUUGAACAAUUGUCAAUGAUCGAAAGGACCGUGCAACGUGUUAAGAGAAAAAAGGCUAAAGAAUCCAAAAAGCUAAACCCCUCGGAUGAAAUCGCCAACGCUACCACUGACAUGGAUAGCCUUGUCGUCAAUAUUAAUGUGCAUAAUUCGACUACACAAAACACGUCAAUCUCAAAUUCUACAUCAAUUUCACCGGUAACUUUCAUUAACAAAGGUAACAACAAUCAUUACUUAUCUUCUAAUUUUGUAACAUCAUCAUCAUCACAGGAUCCAUCAAGAUCAACAAUUUCACGACAAUCAACAGAUACAAUGUCUCCAAAUAAACUAGAUAUUCCGAUUUCAAAUCCCACACCAAAUCAUGCCCUUCCGGCUACGGAUCCCAUAAUUGAAGAAUGUAAUGGAAUACCGUGGGUUGUCUUCACUUAUUCAGUUAAAGGUAACAAUAAAGAAUAUCGUAUACGCAUUGAUAUUGAUAAAGCAAAUUUAGAGGAUAUCGAUGAGCAAUUUAGACGCGAAAAUUGUCUGUAUCCAAGGGCUAAUUGUACCGAAGAUAAAUAUAAAGGAAACAGGUGGUCUUAUGAAAAUGAAUGUAACUCUCUUGGAUGGAAGUUGGCAUGGUUAAAUAAAGAAGAGAUUGGAGGUAGAAGAGGGUUACUACAAAGAGCCGUAGAUAGUUACAGAAACCGAGAUCCCGUGUUACGUUCUCGUAGAGUAGUUCGUAACGAAAAGAUCAUGAAUGGAACUUUACGUAAGAGAGUUACGAGAGACGGAGAUGUGCAUGAUGGUAUAAAUGAUAAUUCAGCAAAGAGACAAAAAGGUGUUGCUAAACAAUUAACAUUGGAAUCUUUUGAAAAAGGUACAUCUACUAAAAUUAGAAUACGUGUUGAUGUAGAUGCUAUAAAUUUAAUGGAGAUACCUGAAGAAUUUAAAAAGAACAAUUGUAUUUUUCCAAAAGCUAAUGUGCCAAAAAAUGAGUAUCAAGGUUCUAAUGAGGCGAAUAUUAACGAAUUGGGAUGGAAGUUGGCUUUUCUUAAUCAAUCUAAACUUGAUGGUAAGAAAUCACUCCUUCAAAAAGCGAUAGAUUUAUAUCGAACAAAGUAUAACACUGCAGAAAUAAGACCUCGAAGAGGAAGAUAUUCACAUACGCUUUCCAAUAAAUUUUUUGAGAAUCAUCCGUGUGAAGUCACUUCAGGUGGCAUAAAUUCUAUUAAUCCUUCAACUUCGCUCGUUAACAAUACUGAAUUCACAACGGAAGCAAAUUUGAACGAUACCGUUUCAAAUGGAUCAUCAAAAGAAUUUACAACGGAAGGAACAAAUAAUAUGGAUGAAUGA